AUGCCCGCUCCUCUCCAUCAGGGGGCGCUGCAGGACGGCUCUCCGCCGAGCAGCCGCUCUAGGCCCGGGCAUCUGCUCCCGGCUGCCGUUCCCCCGACGCAGGGGGCGGGAGUGGUUUGGGCGCAGGCAGCCGGCCGGCCGCCGUCACGGGUGGGCAGCGUAGUCGUGCACCCCCCUACCGCGUCCCGCACCGUCUGCACGUCCUCGUGCCCUCUUCUGGCAUCCCGCCCUUUCGAGUGUCUUUCCCGCACCGUCGCCGCUCUCCGGCGCUGGGGGCCGGGCUGCUGGGGGUCUCAGCAGCACAAGAGUCUGGAUUUCUGCCCCGGGUUUUGUACUAAAGCCAUUCCUUUGCCCAGACCACUGGGUGCUCUCUGGCAGCUGCAGAGCGAAUGGAAAACAGGCGAAGCUGAGUCCCUCGUUUUGCAGGCCGCUGUGGGCAGGCCAGCUGGUGAGAGAAGAGGCAGCUGGGCACAGGGAAGCCCAAGAAAAGUGUCCACACUGGUUAGGAAGUGGCGUGGACAGGGUGUCUCCAUGAAACCUUUCUCCGGUUCCAGUGGAAUGGGGAGAGUUGCCCUCUCUGGCCUUCAUUUAGGAUGGCAAAGACCUGAGCAGCAAAGGGGUGAGCCUGUGGGGUGCAGAGGCUCCACGGGAGGUGUCAAUAUGUCGAGGCCAUUCUCCACCAGCAUGUCCUGAGGUUAUUUGGAGUUGAUCUCGGGCACGGGAACAAGCAAGCAUGGAGAGUGGGAUUGUUGCCACCGUGCAGCAUCGCAAGACCCUUACCCCGUUACCUCAGCCCAACAUGGAACACCUGUUCACUCUGCAGGAGAAGGGCAGAGAGGAAAGCCUGGGAGCCCAGAAUUGCGGCCCUUUCAAAGCAGUGCCACAGGCCCCCGCCCUGGGAAGUGUAGGCCCGGGAGUCCGUCCAGUGGCCAACCUUAUCAUCUCCCUACUUAGACCUACAUCACUUUUUUUGUUUGGUUUGUGAUAAAAUGCAAUAUAAACGUUACCAGUUUCA